AUUUUCAGAGGUCCAGUGGCUAUGGCAGCUUCCUCCUUACUCUCAGCAGCCGUAAGAAGGCUUGAAGGGAAGGUUGCGAUCGUCACCGGUGGUGCCAACGGUAUUGGUGAGUGCACCGCAAGAACCUUCACCAAGCAUGGAGCAAAAGUGGUGAUCGCCGACAUCCAGGACGAUUUAGCCGAAUCCGUCUGCAGCGAUAUCGGCUCUGAAUCUGCUUCCUUUGUUCACUGCGACGUGACCAAGGAAAGGGACGUUCAAAACGUCGUCGAUACCACUGUGUCUAAGUUCGGAAAGCUUGAUAUUAUGUUUAAUAAUGCUGGCAUUAUCGAUGUUGCGAAACCCGAUAUUUUGGAUAACGACGUCUCCGAGUUCGAACAGGUCCUCAGGGUGAACGUCGUGGGAGCUUUCCUGGGGACAAAAUACGCGGCACGCGUGAUGAAAGCGGUACGCCGCGGCAGCAUAAUCAAUACCGCCAGCGUCUGCUCAAUUACAGGCGGUAGCGCCUCUCACGCCUACACCAGCUCAAAGCACGGCGUGUUGGGGCUGAUGAGGAAUGCUGCGGUGGAGCUGGGACAGUAUGGCAUCAGGGUGAACUGCGUGUCACCGUACGUGGUGGCAACUCCAUUGGCGAAGAACUUCCUCAAGAUGGAUGAUAUUGAUGGGUACUUUGGCAUUUAUGAGAAUCUGAAAGGGGCAAAUCUGGAGCCGGAGGAUGUGGCAGCGUCGGCGCUUUUCUUGGCGAGCGACGAGUCUAAGUACGUAAGUGGGCACAAUAUGAUCAUUGACGGGGGCUUUACCAUCACCAAUUCUGGUUUCUCCAUUUUUGGUCAAGAUGAAUGAGUGAUUUAUUUUGCUCUUCUCCACUACUCUAUGGAUAAAAUAAAACACAUAUCACAU